UAAGUGGUAAUAGGGGAAAAGGAUACGAAUCCGCGCCUGCAAGUUGCAACAAAUCUGGCUCCAAGAUUGGGCCCCCAUUUCCAUGCUCCAAGCCCCGCCACCGCCGCCGCCGCCGGCAACGACGCCAUUGUGGACCCUGCCCUCGUCCUCCUCCUUCGUUGUCGCCCGUCCCCGGCGACCCGCAUACCACCUCGCUUAUGUUAAGGUCUCUCUCUUUGCUACUCCUACACUCAUCACUCCCCUCCAGGCCGACCCCAUAUAGGCUCCUCUCUUCCGCCGCCGCCGCCACCUCCGUACCCGCCUCCUGUGCUCCAAAUGCCCGCGCGCAUGGAACCGUCUCUGCUGUGCUGGAGAUCGUCGGCCCCAUCGAGCUCCUCUUCCCGGCCUCCGAGGCGCGCCUCUACGUGCGCCUCGUGCGGCGCUGCGCGCGCGACGCCCUCGCCGUGGGCGCCGCCGCCGCCCACGCGUACGUAGUUAAACGCGGAUUUGCGUCCGACGUGCUCGUGUCCAACGUCCUUCUGGAUUCGUAUGCCAAAGGAGGCUCUCUGGCGGCCGGACGCCAACUGUUCGACGAAAUGCCUGACAGGGACGUCGCAUCCUGGUGUACUGUCAUUGCCGCGCACGCCAGCCGCGGGCUCUUCGUUGAGGCAAUCGGGAUAUUCAAGGAUCUUUUGUCCUCUGAUCAGGUGAAGCCAAACCAGUUUGUCAUCUCAUCAGUGCUGAACGCCUGUGCCUGGUAUGGUGUCAUGGAGCUUGGGCUCAUGGUGCAUGGAUUGGUGGUCAAAUCUGGCUUGGGCGCUGAUAGGUUUGUGGAAGUUGGAUUUGUCGACAUGUACGCGAAAUGUGGCAAUGUGGGUGAUGCUGUUAGGCUGUUUAAGAAAAUUCCAGUGAAGAGCUCCAUUGCUUGGAAUGCAAUGAUUUCUGGUUUUGUUGAUAACAAUUGUUUUGUAGAGGCUGCUGAGCUUUUUCUGGAUAUGCAUAGAGUUGGCAUGGCAGUGGAUGUGGUGACGUUGAGGGUAGUAGCUGGCGUUGCGGCUGUUCUGGGAACAUUUGAUCUUUCUAGGAACAUUCAUGUUUACGCAGUUAAAGUGGGCUUGGGAGUAGAUUGUUUUGUUGUGUCUGAACUGAUCAAGUCAGCUGGGAGGGUAGGUGAAACUCAGUACAUUGGAAAGCUUGUUGCUGCAGUUAGAAGGCCUGAUGCAUCUUUGUAUUCUUUGGCUAUUUCAAGCUAUCACUCAAAUGGUUGUCAGGAUGAAGCAGUGAAACUUGCAGAAGCUUUUCUUUCUUCAGGUCUCAGUUUGAGAGAAGGAGACAUGGUUACAGUGUUAGAUGUUUGUCAAAUAGAAGAGGAGGUUCAACAAAUGCAUGCUUUUAGUUUGAAAACUGGAAGGUUCUGUUGUACUAAUGUUUGCAAUGCUCUUAUGUCAAUAUAUUCUGAACUUGGAUCACUGAUGUGUGCAGAAUCAAUAUUCAAAACCAUGCAAUCACCAGAUAUUGUAUCAUGGGCUGGAGUCAUGGCAGGUUGUGUCAAGAACCUCCAAUAUGAAAGAGCAUGCAGUUACUUUAGGCAGUUAACUGAUGCUGGAGCACCUCUAGAUCAGCAUUGUAUUGCUACUGUUGUGAAUGCCUGCGCCAGUCUUCAGGACUUGGAUAAGGGAAGGCAGAUUCACUCUUUAGCUCUUAAACUUGGGCUGCUACUUGCUGAUUAUGUCAGUGCAUCACUAGUAAACAUGUAUGCAAAAUGCCAUAGCAUUGGGGGCGCUGGUGAGUUAUUCUCCCAUGCCGUGUUCCCACGAAAUUUAGUUGUAGUCAAUACCAUGCUUUCUGGAUAUUGCUGGAAUUUCCUGCCAGAGAAAGCUCUGCUGCUCUUUUAUAGGGAAUAUCAGUUUGGUUUGCGUCCUGAUCAAUUCACUUUCUCAAUUAUUCUUGGUGCAUGUUCUGAUAUAGGAGCAAAGAAGGCUGGCGAGCAGAUCCAUGGCUACCUUGUAAAAGUUGGUUCUGAAUGCUUGGAUGUCAUUGUUGGAAAUGCUAUCAUAGACCUUUAUGUUAAGUGUGGAUGCAUUGCUAGUGCUUGUAGAUUCUUUCAUAGCAUGAAGAGUUGGAACAUAAAUUCAUAUGCCAUGUUAAUGUUGGGUUAUAUUCAGAACAGAUGCAGUGAUGAAGCUCUUCAGCUUUUCUCUAAGAUGCAGCACAGUGGAUUGCGUGCAAAUCGUGUCACCUUCGCAAGAAUCUUACGGGGUUGUGCUGAUCUAUGUGCUAUUGAUUUGGGAAGACAACUGCAUGCUUCCAUCAUAAAAAUGGGUCUGCUUUCUGAUGUAUAUGUCUCAAAUGCACUUGUAGGAAUGUACAAGAAAUCUGACGUUUGGACUGAAUCAAGAAGAAUUUCUCAAGAAACUUUGGCAGGAAAUGUUCCAGAACAGGAUAGCACAGAUAAUUUCAGUUCAGAACAAAGGUACACAAACAGAGCUCUUGAAGAAAUUGGGUUGUUCACAUUGGAUGAAGAGAAUGACCAUGUAAGUUUGGCUGAUGCUCGGAAGAACUACAUUGCUGCUGCUUCUCAGUUUUAUGGAAAUCCACUUCUCAUUCAUGUGGUUGGACGUGAACUUGGGAUCAAGACCAGCAUCGGGAAUGGAAAAAAUUUCAAGUACAAUGGGAGUAAGCCUUUGCUAUAUUAUAACGAUGGCAACUAUCAGCGAAAUAGAUAUGGAUCGGUUAAGUUAUUUACCUUGUUUCAAGAGGGCAGAGAAAAAUCUGAUCACUUAGUCCUUGUUGUUUCCAUUGAUAGUGGAAAUUCAAAGAUGAAGGAUGUAGGAUUUGUGAAUGUGGAACCAGUGAAAAGCUAUGGUAGUGUCCCUGCACCUGGUUUUCCUCCUUGACAAACUAUAGUACAUGAUCAGAAGUAGAGUUUGGCCUGCUAUUCUUUAUUCAGCAAAACUGAACUGCCAUGUUAACAUAUUGGCACGCAAGGAAGACCAACUAUAAGCAUAGGCCAGAGUCCACGCAUCAGCAACUUCUUAGAUCGACUCAAGUGUAUGAAGUUCACAUGCUGAAUGGCUCAUUUGCAUGCAAGAAUAUAUCAGAACAUUAGCUGGUUGGCAUACAAAAGGUGACACGCUCAAAAAUAUGAGGGGAAAGUAGGCUGGGAAAAUCAGCUUGAGCUUUUAAUGCCAAUGGCCUGAAAGAAGAAUAGAAGAGAAGGUACCCACAGCAUCACUCAGUGAAACACCAAUAUUGUUGAACUGCAGGUGUCUGAAGCAAACUUCGAGGCAUUUUUGCUAUCAUAUAACCUAACUGCCAUGCACCUUAUUUUUUUGGUUGGUGCAUCAGGAUUAUACUGUAUUGUUGUACUGACUUGAGGCUGUAAGCUGUAUAUAGAGAGGUCUAGAUUUAGGUAUAGUGUUAUUUAUACUGGUAGUGUACACACCAGACGCUCCGCUGGAUUCAUCUGUUAGAGCAACAAUGUGAAGGUCUCCCCGUAUUGUCACCAGUACUACAAACCCAAUGUUGCUACUGCUAGGAGAAUGGCAACCUAAUCAAAAUCAAUACAAAGGAAGAAGCACCAUGAUCUAGCAGUAGAGGCUUUUAAAGGUUUGGCCCUACUUCAUGUUGAAAUUGCAGUCGAACGUAGAUCAACAGAGGGGUUAACAGAGAGUGCCCUAUUGGAAUGAGCGACUAUUCGCUUUCAACCUCCUCUUCUCUGGGAGCAAUUACUUAUCCUUGGAGGCUCACAUUUGGCGUGACUCUGAUUCAAUGGAACUGCUUGCUCCAUUUGAUCAAUGUUGUAUCCCGUUUCUAUAGCGCAUGUUAUGAAAGAAACAAUGAGCCGCUGUUCUGUUUAUU